AUGACUGCAUUCCUGCAUAAGCGCAUCUGGAUGUUUGUGAUGCCCGUUGUGCAGCUGAGACUCAGUCUAAUGAAGGUUAAAGUGGACGGCUGCAUCGACUGGUCGGUGGACCUGCGGAGGUACCGGUCACUGGCCGGCGAACCAGUGAGGCUGAAGUGCGCCUUGUUCUACAGUUACAUCAAGACAAACUAUACCAUGGCCCAGAAUGCCAAGCUGCGUCUUAUCUGGUACAAGAACAAGGGGGAUUCUGAGGAGCCCAUCAUCUUCUCUGGACAAAGACUCAGCAAGGAAGAGGACUCAAUCUGGUUCCGCUCCGCUAUGAUGGAGGACAAUGGCUUCUACACUUGUGUGCUAAGGAACUCCACAUACUGCAUGAAGGUGUCCAUGGCCCUGAUGGUAGAGGAAAGUGAUCCCGGCCUGUGCUACAGCAGCAAGAUCCGGUACCACGAAAAGGCUGAAAUCACCAAACCCAAAACACUAACGUGUCCAGACAUUGAGGAUUACAUUGCCCCAUACAAGCAACCCAAGAUGACUUGGUAUAAGGAAUGCAAGAGAAAAACAUGGCGGAGCUCCAUUAAAGUCAAUGCAACAAGCGUUCACUUCCUGGAAGUGAGGGAGGAGGAUGGGGGAAAUUACACAUGUGAGCUUCGUUAUGGCAGCAGGCUGGUGCGGCGCACUGUUGAGCUCAAAGUCACAGCCCUGCUCACCAGAAGGCCCCCGAAAGUGCUUUUUCCCAUGGAGAAGCCGCCAAGUAUUAUAGAGGCCCAGCUGGGUAUGCCUUUCAGCCUGGACUGUCGGGCCUUCUUCGGCUACAGCGGGGAGUCCAGGCCAAUCAUCUACUGGAUGAAAGGGGAGAAGUUUGUGGAGGAGCUGGAAGGACACAUCAGAGAAAGUGAUGUCAGGGUCCUCAGGGAAUACCUGGGAGAGAAGGAGGUGGAGCUUUCACUGACCUUUGACAUCGUGGAGGAGACCGACAUGGGGAACUACACCUGCUACGUAGAGAACCACAUCGGACGCAAAGAAGGCAAUGUUAUUCUGCGUAAAAGAGAUGGACUUAGAAUGGAGCUGGCCACCGGGCUCGGAGCUGCCCUGCUCCUGCUUGGUCUCCUCACUGGUAUCUACAAGUGCUACAGGGUGGAGAUCACACUCUGCUACCGGCAGCACUUUGGAAGUGAUGAGGCAGAACACGACAACAAGGAAUACGAUGCCUACUUGUCCUACACCAAAGUGGCUGUGGAAUCAUCAGAGCAGGAGGGCAAUAAGGUGGAAGGCUUUGCCCAGGAGGUCCUCCCAGAUGUCCUGGAAAACCACUACGGUUACAAACUCUUCAUUCCAGACCGUGAUCUCAUCCCCAGCAGCAUCUACAUGGAAGAGCUGACCCGUAGCCUGGAGCAAAGCCGGCGGCUCAUCAUCGUCCUGACGCCCAGCUUCGUGGCUCAGCGUGGAUGGAGCAUUUUCCAGCUGGAGGCUCGACUUCACAGUAUGCUGGUGACAGGCGAGAUCAAGGUCAUCAUGAUAGAGUGCCCUGACCUGAGGAGCGUCAUCAACUACCAGGAGGUGGAGGCCCUGAAACACACAAUCAAGCUGCUCUCCAUCAUUAAGUGGACCGGUCCAAAGAGCAAUCAGCCCCGUUCACGCUUCUGGAAGCGGGUUCUGUACGAAAUGCCCGCCAGGAAGAAGGAGACCUUCCCCCGACGCCAGGUUCUGGAUUCUGGGGAGCAGGGCUUCUUUGCUGACCUGCAGAGUGUCUCCACCUUGGCUGUGACGACCAGCGCUUCCGCCGCCCUGGCGCCGGUCCGCUCCGAGAGCCCGCAGCUCAGCACGGCGGAGCAGGCCCACGCGAGACACUUCUGCCAGAGCUUUGAGUACCAGAUGCCUUCCACCCCGGUCCGUAUAGCCACCAUGGGCAACAGCCACGUGUACUGCAACGUCCCCAUGAUAUUGCUAAACGGGCAAGUGACACAGGACGGCUCGCCAGCCAAAAACAAGCCAGACGUCCCACUGGGCAGUACCUUCAUCCCUCUCUCCUCACGGGAACUCACGAGUGACAUCUGGUAACCUGCUUUACGGUGGAAAGGCGACCUUUCCAAUUGCAUGGGGACCUGUUGUGAAGCACUGACCAAAAUGGAUUU